AUGGCGUCGCCGUCCUUAGACAACACAGAGAGUUCCUUGGUCUUUAAGAACAUCACUCCGGAAGAACUAGCUAAGGACGGAUUCUACUUUCUGAAGGACGAUCACUGUGCGUGCAUCUUCUGUCGAAGGAUAAUAGGAGCAUGGGAAGGAGAUACAGUGAGAGGCGAGCACCAGAGGCACUUUCCUCGUUGUCCUUUCAUCAGAGGCAAGACCGUUGCCUUCCGUUAUAUUCCGAUGCCCCUCUGCGAAUACCUCGAGCCCAUGUGGAGAGAGACUGUAGUUAAACGGCUAAAGGAGACACCAUUGAGUGUCAUCUGUCCGGAGUUAUCCCUUCCUAACAACCGAGAGGCUUCGUUUGCCUCCUCGCCUUGGUCGAUGGUUAUGAAGAAAAAGAUGUCGUUCACUGGUUUCUACUUAACCUACCUCAGCGAUCACGUGCGCUGCUUUAAGUGCGGACUGGGCCUAAGAAACUGGUCAGACAGUAUGGACCCCUUAGAGAUGCAUGCUGAAUACUCUUCUGACUGCACGGUGGUCAAACUUUUGAAUGGACCUUUAACAUCCAAGACCCACCACGAUAGGAAGAAGAUGGUGGACGAUACACUGGUGGAUCAAGUGAUUGAACAAGGGGACAUUGAGAGGCACGUGAUAGCUAUGGGGUUCCCUCUCGAUGAUGUCAAGGCGGCCGUGAAAAAGAGACUCUUGGGCCAGUCAAAUUCUACAGAGUUGCAGAAUGCACAGAAGCUGUUUGCGUCAGUAUGGAACAGAGGGCGAGGGUCGAGCAGGUCGUCGGGCAAACCUUAG